UAGGGGGCGGGCGGGCUCUUUCGGUGGGCGUGCCCUGCGGGUCGGAGAUGACAGUGGGGACCGGAGCAUGUGGUGCCGCCGCCGCAGGCGCUGCGGUGAUCGGUCAUAACAUGGCCGCGGAUAGACAGCCAGAGGAGGAGGAGAAGCAGGAGAGGGAGAACGGGGUCAGCACGGAGAGCCGUUCCCAGCACAGCACGGACAGUCAAAUGUUGAUUAACCAACUGAGAGAGAUCACUGGAAUUGAAGACCCCGCUGUUCUGAAUGAAGCACUUAAGGCCAGUAAUCUUGACAUCACGCAGGCCGUUAGCCUGCUCACUGAGGAGAGUACCAAUCAGCCAGAUACUAGGGUGCAAGCAGCUGACCCAUCUAAUUCUGAGGAAAGCGUUCUAGAUAAAUGCGCAACAGAUGGUGCAGGUGAUCGGGCACAUGGUAAGGAUGAACUCCAGGCAGCAAUUGCUCUUAGCUUACAGGAGGCAAGAAGAGAUUCUAACAGAUCAAAUACCCACCAUAUUGCGGAGACGAAAAGCCGUACAAAGCGGAAACGCUGUGAAGUUUGGGGAGAUGUCCCUAACCCUAAUGAUUUGAGAAGGAGUGGGGACUGGCCUGUAGGACUGAGGAACAUCGGGAACACCUGCUGGUUUAGUGCAGUCAUACAGUCUCUCUUCCAUCUGCCUGAAUUUCGAAGACUAGUCCACAGUUACAGUAUUUCCCAAAGCAUGCUUGAUAGAUGUCAAUGUCGGAGCGAAAAGAGAAACAUUGCAUUCAUGCAGGAACUUCAGUACCUCUUUGCACUAAUGGUUGGAUCUAACAGAAAAUGUGUUGAUCCUUCUGCUGCCCUGGAGCUGUUGAAAGAUGCUUUCCUAUCAGAAGAAGCACAGCAGCAAGAUGUCAGCGAGUUUACACACAAGUUAUUGGAUUGGCUGGAAGAUGCUUUCCAAAUGGCUGUAAAUGGAGAGAGUCCAAGAGAUAAGACUGAAAAUCCGAUGGUGCAGCUUUUCUAUGGUACAUUUCUCAAUGAGGGGUAUAUAAAAGAUAAAACAUUCUCCAAUAUUGAAACCUUUGGUCAAUACCCUCUUCAAGUAAAUGGAUUUAAGAACCUGAAUGAGUGUCUUGAGGCGGCUAUGUUGGAGGGAGAUUUUGAACAUGUACGAACUGACCAUGCAAUGCGAUACAGACAAGAGCGCUGGUUCACAAAACUUCCCCCGGUGUUAACAUUUGAACUUUCCCGAUAUGAGUAUAAUCAAUCCUUGGGGCAGCCAGAGAAGAUCCACAACAAGCUUGAAUUCCCAGAGAUUAUUUAUAUGGACCGGUUCCUAUACAAAAACAAAGAGCUGAUUAGGAGGAAGCGGGAGGAGAUCAGGAAACUGAACAGAUGCUGCGAUGACCUCCAUCAGAAGUUGGAAAGGUACCUACAGUACGGUUCUGGUCCCAAUCGAUGUCCUCUUCCUGAUAUGCUUCAAUAUGUGCUGGAGUUCGCUAACACAAAGUCUGCAGCAAGAAGCCGUGCUGUGGAUGUGACUGGGAAAUCCAAGCUUGCAACAGAUGACUGUGGCUCUUCUGAUACUCAACCACAAGAAAAUGGUGUGAUAACCAAUGGAUAUGGUGAAAAUUUGGACAGUGACGAUUCCACAGUUUCCAGCCCUGAAUCAGAAAAUGCUUCUCUGUCGCCUUACUCCUCUUCUGCAGAAGUACCAGCUCCCCAUACGGUUACUAAGGAAGAACUGCAGUCUGUGGAAGCCUGCUUGCAGAGGUGGAGAGCUGAAGUAGAACAGGACAUGCAAGACUUAAAGAAUUCUAUUGGCGAUAUUAGGAAGAGAGUUGAAGAUAUUUACGAUGAUCCUGAUCUUCUACAGCUUCCAUACAGGCUUCAUGCAGUGCUGGUUCAUGAAGGCCAGGCUAAUGCUGGACAUUACUGGGCUUAUAUAUACAGCAAUACUAGACAGUGCUGGCUGAAGUAUAAUGAUAUCUCGGUGACGGAGGCUACCUGGGAAGAGCUGGAAAGAGAUUCUUAUGGAGGAAUGCGGAACGCCAGUGCUUACUGUCUCAUGUACAUAAAUAAUAAGCUCCCAUAUCUUAUUGCAGACCAUGAAACUGGACAACUGGAGGAUAAAAUCAACACCCUACCACUUGGCUUUGUACAUUACGUUAGAGAUGACAACCUAAGGUUUGAACAUGAAGUGGAAGAAUGGGAAGAGGCUCAUUCCUGCAAGAUCCCCCAGAUGGACCCUGUUACUUCAGCAGACGAGCUCUCUUCUCAUUGUGAUGCCACCCCUCUGUGUUGUGAGCACUGUACCAGAUCCCUGUCAUCAGAGCACGCCAUGAUGGCCAAAGAACAGACGGCGCUCGCCAUAACCAGGAUUGCUGGCGCAUAUGAAAAAAAUGGUGUGGAGGCUGCACUGAGUGAGCCGACAAACCCAGAGACAGAGGAGGCCUGCCAGCCUGAACCCAGCUGCACUGAUGAGGCGGGGGAGAAGGAACAGCAGCCCAUCUCCCAGCUUUCAGAGGUGGAGAUCCCCAGUGUGGGAAAGAUUCUUGUUAGAUCCGAUGCUGACGGAUAUAAUGAGGAGACCAUGCUGUGCCCUGCCAUGCAAGGGGUAAUCCUGGCAAUACUCAAAGCUCGCCAGGUCUUUGAUCGUGAUGGCCCUGAAGCAGGGCUUGUCAAGGCAUUCCGUGAAGAAUAUUCCCGACUUCUCCAGCUCUCUAAAGAGGAGCUGUCUCCAUCCAGCGACCCUCGCCUACAGCAUGUGCUAGUCUACUUUUUUCAGAACAAGGCACCAGAACGUGUCAUAGAAAGAACAUUAUUGGAACAGUUUGCUGAUAAAAAUCUCAGCUAUGAUGAGCGAUCAAUAAGCAUUAUGAAGGUGGCUCGAGCUAAACUGAAAGAGAUUGGGCCAAAUGAUAUGGACAUGAAAGAAUAUCAGCAGUGGCAUGAAGAUUACAGUCAGUUUCGUAAGGUGUCCGUUUACCUUCUAACUGGGUUGGAGCUAUACCAAAAUGGAAUAUAUCAGGAAUCCCUGACAUACCUGGUAUAUGCUUAUCAAAGUAACAGUGCCCUUCUGAGUAGAGGGGUAUAUCGGGGAGUGGAGGAGAGACUGAUAGAGCUGUAUCGAAGAAAAUGUCUUUUGGAUUUAAAUAAUUUGGCUGCCUGCAUGUUUGAGAGUCAGGAUGAGGAGCAGGUAUCGGAAGGAAUCAGCAUAAUGAACGAUCUGAUCAUCCCUUGCAUGCAUCUGAUCUUCAACAACAAGAUCUCAGAGGAAGACAUGGCUGCUAUUGAGGAAAUGCGGGGGCGCUGGUGCUCAUACCUUGGACAAGAUAUUGAUGACAAUCUACAGCUUAAACUCGGACAGUUUCUUCCACGGCUUCUGGACUGUUCCAGCGAUGUCAUUGUAUUGAAGGAGCCCCCAAAGAUCCGGCCUCACUCCCCAUAUGACCUGUGCAAUCGCUUUACAGCCAUCAUGGAGUCCAUACAUAGUGCUUCCACUGUGAAGGUGACAUAAUAGUCGCAACACUGUCCUCAAGGUCAACAAAUGAAAUCACUACAGACUGCCAUACAAGGUCACACUGCCCUCUCUGUGUGUCACACACGCAGCAGAUUUUUAUUUUUAAAGCCAUAAAAACAAAUUGGAAGAAGCCACUGAUGCCUUAGGAACAGUUGUGAAGUGGGCGCUGGACUAUGGAGGAGAAACUCAUCGCAACCGUCUUGGCAACACUAAAAUACUAUCUGCAUAGAAAUAAACUUGCUUAGUAACACACUGGAGUUAGGUGUAAUAGUUUAAUUUCUUCUGUUUUGCAAGCGAUAAAUUUAAUUUUAAAUAAAUAAAUAAAAAAUUAUAUAUAUAUAUAUAUAUAUAUAUAUAUAUAUAUAUAUAUAAAUUAGUGGUACAUUAUACUAAUUUUCACCGGUUUUUUUUUUAUAUUUUAUUUUAUGGCUUUAUGAAAUGUAUCAUUCUCUGUCUGCAAUUACAAUGUGUCCACCACAAAAGAAUGUGAUGUGCAUUCGAAACAUUGUACUGAAUUUGUUACAUAGACAUUAAGCACCUUUAAUUUAAUAUGCCCAAAACAUAUCUUCGCAGGAGGGUAACGGCAAGGAGCAUUUCCUUCCGCAAAUAAGGAAGAGUAAACGAGCAAGUUCACCUUUUUAGAUGGCUCUGCUUUAAAUAACUCCAGCAUCCAUAUCUCUUGCCAAGCAACUGACAGAAAGUGACUGGGUAAUAGAGAAUUUUUAGCCUGUGGGUGUGGGUUUUUCUCAACAAUCACAUAAGCAGCUGCACGAUUCCAUUCCAGCAGGAAAGAGCGGGUGGGGGAAACGUCUAGUGUAAAAGCCAAACACCAUUGGGAUUUGGCAAGUAAGGAUUCUUGGCUUGCUUAUUUUGGGAACUGAGAGAACAAGAGAAUAUAAGGGAAAUUUUACACUGGCAUAAACAAUGUUCACCCAUUACCAGGAGCAGAAAAUAAAACUGGGACUUUUUUCUUUAUAUCCUCUUAAUUGCUUUCUCUUACUCUUUUGUAAAUACUUCCAUUUCUGUUUUUAGAGAUGUGAGUUCAUUCUCCAUGAAAUAUGUAAAACGGUAUUGCUGUGCCUUGGAAAAUGCACAUGUGUUUUUGCCAAUGUUGACACCAGCUGUGCCAAAACCCAUUGACAGCCGCCUAAAAUGCACACGUGUGAGCCUUACAGAACUCUCCCUCUAUUGCACCAAAUACGGGUGACACUUUCUCUGGAGUUGUGUGACAUUGAUAUGAUUAACAAUAAGUGCAUUCUUUUUGUUAAUUGUGUUUUUUAUGUGCAAUAAAAUAUUUAUGUUUUUA